AUGUCCAAUUAUAAGCCCAAUCCCCCCUCCCGCUGCCACGCCGACGCGGACGACCUGCGCGCCGACGCGGACGACCUGCGCGCCGACGCGGACGACCGGCGCGCGGCCGCGAACGACCUGCGCGCCGACGCGGACGGCCAGCGCGGCGCCGUCAACGACCUGCGCGCCGACGCGGACGGUCAGCGCGGCGCCGUCCACGACCUGCGCGCCGACGCGGACGAUCAGCGCGACGCCACGAACGCCCCGAGCUGA